GGCGGCACCACGGGGGCCCCGGGGCGCGCUCUGCCCGGCCACCGACUCCCGUGUUCCGCACCUGAGCGAAGCAGGUGGCUGCAGCUAACUUAGCAUCGAAGCCGCUCGGUCAGUCGUGGACCGCACAUGGCGGGUGGAGGAGGACAGACGCCGAGUGACGGCGGCCGAGUGACAGUUCUUCCGUUGCCGCGCUCGUCUCUCCUCUCGACAGGAGCCGACGAAGCCUUGUGGUUUCUGGCCAGAGCCCGAGUGGCCGUGGCCGUGGCCGUGAUAAAGAGCAGGCCCGCGGGCAUGAGCGGCCGCGAGCACGCCGAGGCUCUGGGCCGCCAGCUGAGGAGCGAGGACGAGAGCUGGAGGGGAAAGGCCGAGGGGCUCCAGCGGGAGGUGCUGAGGCUGCGGCAGGAGCUGCUGAUCGCCAGGGCGACAUCGGUCACCCAGGGCGCCACGGAGACGGCGGGUCCCGACCGAGCAGUGGACGACGCUUCUCAGGAUCUGUUCGACACUUCGGACGCUGCACCCGACUGUGACUCAGACACUCCUGAGCUCUUCCUGCCCGACCACCAGCCCGCCAUCUCCCUCCCUGAACCAGACCCCCAGGCCGCCAUCUCCCUCCCUCGGCCGCCGACUCCCUCCUGUCACUACGGACGUUUUCCUCAGGAAGAAGCGCUGCAUUCCCACGUGCACUUCCUCCAGACGCUGUGUGCCCUGCACCGGGUCGAAGGGAGCGGCAGUGGCCUGGAGGCUCUGUGGUUCAGCCCCGACGGCGUCGGCGGCGCAGGGGAAUCGGUGCUGGCGGACUCCGUGUGCCAGCUCCUCUGCUCGGUGGCGGCGGCUUGCAGGGUCCCUGCUCCUCCGUGUGUGUGUCUCGGCGACCUCGUCCCGCGGGCCUGUCGGGCGGCGGCGCGGGCGAUGGACCUCUUCUGCUCUCAGCGCCGGCCGUCGGCGGAGUUCACGGGACGCGUGGAAGAGUCGCUGAGGGAGUUGACGGGGCUGCUGCUGCACGGUGAUCAGCCCAGCGAGGCUGCAGAGACGCUGGUGACGUGUCUGGUCACACUGGGGAGCAGCAACAUGUCAAGGUCCUUCCUCAUUGGUCACAUCCUCUCUCAGCUCAGCGCUGUGGCCGAUCAGCUGUGGCAGGUCUUCCAGGAAGUUACCGAUGAGUCACGUAGUCCUGACGCUCUCCAGGGGUUGGACAAGUUUCCUCUGGACCGGUAUCGCAACUCUUGCCACCUCUUCCAGAUCCUGGAGGAGCUCCUGCGGACGUCCCCGGCGCCGCGCCGGGUGGAGGUGGGCCCGGAGGAGUCAGGCUUCCUGACCCAACUGGAGCAGCGCGUCUUCCCGCUGUCGGACGAGUUCCCCUUGUUUUCCAUCUUUAUGUGGAGGAUAGGAGGCCUCCUCACAUCCUCGGACAGAUAGAUGGACAAGAGGAGCGGCCCGGCCAUGUUCCGAAGGUUUGGUGAACAAAUAAAGGUGUAAGAUUAUUUUGUACAUAAAUAGUUACUGAGCACUUAAACACAUCAUCUGCAUAUUUACUUCUUAUCUACUGUAAGUCGAGUUAUUUCAGGCUGAGACCAGAGACUUUAUACAAAGAUGGACGACGCGUCUCUUCUUCCUCCCGCUAAAAUAUCUCUAUAUCUAGUAGGAGUUUGAUAAUAGUUAGCCACCUUUUUAAAAAAUAAAAAAAAAGGAAUCAGUCACUGGUCAGUAGAUCAGCUCACGGAUUCUCGUGCUGAGUCGUGAUGGUAAGAGGUGAGAGGGACAACCUCAGAGAACCUCCACUAAUUUUUGAAAUACACAGUUCAGUCUUUCAACCAAUGUAUUCAGACAAUUUUUAAUUUGUUAUGUCACCAAUCCCCCCUAGGUCGUCUGCCCCCCCCCCCCCAGUGCUACGCCCGCGUUCGCAGUCAUUGGGAUGUGACAUUAAAAAACUGCUGCUCGUUGUGAUCGUUCCAACAUCUUCAUCUGUUCUCUGAUCCGGGAUGUAGGACGCAGAAACCAGGGUGGGAGGAGGGAUGAUGAUUAGAUUUUAAAACAUUGGAAAUUGGUACGGAAACAACGGCAGCCCACUUCUGAAUGGAUUCCGUCUGCGUCGGUUUCCUUCUCAGCCUUUCAUCUUCCUAUGAUUCUCGCACCGAGUGCUUAUUCCGUGUCCGCAAUAACAGUGGCCCGGGCACGAGGGCGGCUAAACAAGUUUCCUGGUCUACGUCACGGCUCACGAGUCCCCGGCGGAGCUCGAUAGCCAUCGGAUCCUAUUGUGUCUGCUCCGGGGCCCCGUGGCCCCAUCGCUGUCUGUGAUCUCCUCAUCUUUCAUAUCCUGUCGAGAGCAGAGCAGCGAGGGAGAAAAUAAAAACCAACCGCUCAUAAAUACGUGCGCUGGUGGUUAAUGUGCCUCAGUGGAGACGUCUGUCUGCUGGGGGACGGCGGGACGGCGGCGUCAGCAGAGAACGCCAGCGACCGUCUGUGUGAGUGUGAACACGAAACACGGAAAAUAAUGUACGUUUUGUAAAAAAUAACGUGAUAACAAGAUGGCAGGUGCUUACAAUCGCCGUCCUGUGGAAAUUCACUCUUGUUGACAUGUUUAUUUCCAGUGAACCAAAGACGGUGUCAAGCAAACGGACUCCGACACUUUCACUGGGGAUUUAACUGUAAAUGUUGAUGCAGUUAAAGAAGCGGAUUUAGGAUUUUUUCUCAUUUUAUUUUUAUCACUUUUCUUAAAGGGGCAGCAAGAGUUUUUAAAGCAACACACGCUUCGUGAUAAUCAACGAAUAUUUCCUCACCGUCCGUUAUCUGUCGGUUCUGUGCGCACCGAAGAGGAUCUGUGUUUUCGUCUCAGCCCAGUCUCUUCUGCACGAAGCAGAAAGUCUCUGACAGAUUAACAGUGUUUGGUUUUGUUCUUUUCAUGAGAUUGGUUGAGGUUAAAUUAAAAAGUAAAGUAAAAUACCACCAACCACAUCGUUAGCAACACGCUGAUAAAACUCAUUCUUUACUGGUCGAAAUGUAUUUCCUUUCGAGAAGUUUUAGCGGAUAUAAAAAAACUAAACGUGUGCUCAGGAUUGCAUCGGGCCACUUGACCAUGAAAUACUGUAGCCAUAAUGAAAAGGUUGGAAUAAGGUGGGAGAACAAAUCACAGAGGCGGUGAAGAGGCUCAGUUUGCGAAGCCUGCGAGCAGAUAAUGCCUCACUCAGGCUCACAGUAUCUUAACUGUAUCCACGCUCUCCCGACAGGAGCGGCAGAUUUAUGAGCCCUGUGACUCCCUAAAUCAACAAAACCUUGAUUUGAUUUGAUAAUUAAUUUUCCACAUGUUCAGCGGCUCAUGUUACAGAUCAAAAAGAUUAUUUCGAGUCCCGUGUCGUCGAGGUCGACGUGGUCCGUCAAGGGUUAGAUUGGGAUCAGUGGGAGGUCAUGCGAGGUCUUCGGGGGAUCGGAAGAGGAAACGACUGCCGAAUAAAUUCCACUUCUUCUCCUUCUUGUGGUGGAAAAGCCGAUGCAGAGAUAUCUGGUUCGUUACACAGGUCAACAAGUGGUCAGUGCAUGUCCCCCAAAAGAAACUGUCUAUCCCAGUCAGGGUGACAUAGUUAACUCACAAUAAUGUCGUCAUCAAACAGACGCCGUUUGGCUAACCAUCGACUGGUUCGUUACACAGGUCAACAAGUGGUCAGUGCAUGGUGUCCCAAACAAACCUUGGCUCCUCGGGGCGUUUCGACCUCAGUCUGCGAUGCUCUGGGAGGUCGAUGGCCUUGUUUGACGGACAUUUUUUUUUGUCAUAAAGUUUUGAUAACGACAUCUUAGGAAUCAUUGACAUGAUGGACGGGCUCUAAUUUAAAUAACAUGUCGCUACGAAUAUUUAAAGCUAAACCCAAAUGAGAUCUGAUGAGGGAUUAAAUGUGUGAUUUCUACACCGGUUGUUGAUCCUCAGCCUUAGGAACAUUGCUGCUGCAGUCAAAAUACCGGGCUGUUUUCACGGCACGUCAGGUUAUUUGAAAAAUGAAAAACGUCUCGAUCCGUCUCCGGCCCGGUCGCGUGCCGGUGGGUUUCCUCUGUGAAGUCGGGCUGGUGAAUGUCAUCUGCUUUGCCAAGCUGUAAAUCAACGACGACUUCUGCUCAUUCGUCUUCAUUUCCCCGGGUUCCUGCGUCUCGGGGGAGGUGAGGGCGUUCGGCCGACCCAUCACGAGUCAGCGGAAACACCCAGAGGAGGAGAACAUGGUGUCUAUCAAUCUCAAUAACAGGACGAGAGCAGUUGUCUGUAUCUCACCGGGCUGCAGGCAGGACGGAGAAUCAGUGACACCGGUUUGUCAUUGUGUGAACUAUAGUGACGGGAGAAAAUGUAUUUUCACCCUCGAUGCACUUGGCUGUGGUCUGAGCCCAUCGCCGCCCUGUUGGCCUUACAUUUCAUAUUGAUUUGAACAUUUCAUGGCUCACUUUUAAAUGCCUUUCCACCAAAAUACCUCUCAGGAGUUAUUGACCUGCUCUGUUCCCCUCUCGAGUCCCGCUGGUUCCUCCCAGGUCUGUUGAAGCCUCCACAUUGUGGAACUCACUGCGCAUCGAACUUCAGCUACAUUUGACUUCAGACUUUUCUUCCUGUGAAAGCUUCUGUUCACGCCGACUCGUCCUGUUGAUUUAUUUAUAGGAUUUUCUCUAUUCUGUCUGUCUGGUGUUAUUUCUUCCUUAGAAAGUGCUUUAUAAAUAAAGUGUAUAAUUUUUAUUAUUGUUUUGUGAUCAGCGUAAACAGUCACAUUGUCCAGAAAGUCCAGAAAAGAGUAACUACGGCCUUUAUUCUCUGAAUGACCAGCAGAGGGCGACUCCACUGGUUCUUUCUAUAGAGGUCUACUUAUCACUAGAUUUAUAACGGGAGUACAACAUUUAUUUAUGAGUUUAUGGUUCAAUCUAAUAGAUGAUAAAGCACCGUAGCGUGGAUACAGCGCGAUCGACAACUAGUGACGUCCAAUCGGUACAUGAUUGCAGGUGUGGGUGGCCACGUGGUGGACGACAUCUCAGUCAGACCACACCCCGUAUCAUCACCCUGGAGGCUCCACAAUGGCAGCUCACAAACCAACUUGAUCUGCACUGAACAUUAACACUAACUCAAGUCAGAUUAAAUAUUCCAAACAUUAAUCACUGUUUUUUUCCAUGUUAAACCAUAGUGUCAAAGUAGGAGAAAGAGCAACUAAAAUGUCUCAGGCUUUUUGCCGCAGUCUGCUUUCCAUGUGGGAAUCCUCCAGGCCAGUAAAUGGAUGAUUUUAUCUUUGCUUCAGACUAAUUUGACAGCCAGCGUCUGUCCUCCAGGGUUUCCCCUCCAGCAGCUGAUGCUCGAAGCUGCUGCUCAUUAAUGACAUUCAUUUGUUAAAAAACACAGCGGUAAGGGAUGCACCUUGUGAAUAACACGUCCAACAGGGAACUGUGCCUUGGAUGCCAUUCGCACCACAGCGACUGAGGUCCAUGUUAGAGGAAAACCUUCCCCACAUGGCAAACUCUACCUUCGCUGUCUGACUCCACUCGGCAUCCAAACCUAAUUUAGACUCUGACGAACACCAGCUUCUUCCAUCAAGUGGAUGAAAUAGAUCACAUAUCCAGGGCUAAUACAAAGGUAUUUAAAUUAUUUAUAUGAUGCUAAUGUUAUUGAUCAGGUGGCGAGUGUUUUUCCACCAUCAGGAGUAUGGUCUUCUCUUUUUGUCCUACCAACAGUCAAAUUCCAAAAGAUAUUGAGUUUUAAAUGAAAUGAUUCAGAGAAAAGCAGAAAAUCCUGUUAAAAAAUAUCUUUAACUCUUUCGAAAAAAGGCGUCCCUCAGGGCUCAAUCCUGGGGCCCUUUUUAAAACUCCUAAUAAACGCUGCGUCUUUACCAAUGUCUCCUUUUCAUUUGGCUUGAAUCAAGCACUUAAAUGAAUAUAUUCCAAAAUGUUUCAAAGGACAAAAUCAGCAGAAGUAACAUUCAGUCUUUUUAUUCACAUCCAUCGAUCAUCUUCAUCCCUUGAAAAAGAUGAAAUAUUAAACUGGAAUUUGAAUAACAAGCAUCAUUUUUUCAGCUUAGUAAAAAAGAAAAGUAAUUUUGGUGCGUACAUCAAAUUUGUUAAGUUUUCCUUGUCAUCAUCAUUAAAGGAUUGUUUUAAUUGUUAUAAUUAUAAUUGAAUUACUUUUCUCUUUUUUUACCUGUGCCGUCUACAGUAUAUCUGCAUGAUGUUGCAUUGUGGAGUUUUAACACCAAGAAAAUAUAACUGAACUUGCUUUGUGAUCUGAUAACAUGAACAUUGUUAUUAACUACAUAUAUAUAUAUGCAGUUAAUAACAUUGUAUGCAGUAGAAAGGUAACUAGUAAAGAGGGAGCUCUGUGUUCGACUCUCGAACAGAGAGCAGAUCCAUAUCCAUCAAUAAAUGACCUCAACGCAGAGCAGGAUUCGUCUCUGGCUCUGAUUCAAUUCAUCGAGGGUAAAUCCGCCUUGACUUUACACAUCGAACCCUUUGGGGAUUUCUUACUAUGCCGUGGGAGCAAAGCGAACAGUGAGGACUCGUGUUACUGGUUUGUUUGAUCUGACUUCUGUCAGACUCUUAAUUCACUCCAGUGAAAUGUUCAUUGCAGAUUGUCAGACGCACUCUCGCAGCUACAGAAUCUCUCGUCUGUCCAGAUUGUGUCUGAUUGUCUUUGCUCAGUGUGUUUCACUUGGAGUCGACGCUUCUUUAUGUCUGUAUGUGUUGUCUAUUGAUCGUGUUUCGUCUGAUGGGGCGACAGCAACAAGCUGCAGCUCAGUGGUUCAGGAAAAUAAGAAAUAUCAUCAUUUUAAAAAUCCUGACCACCAGGAAACACGACAAUGGGUUUCUGUCGACGGUGUUCUUCACACGGACGUCUCGCUGCCUUAUCGUUCGCAGAAAGAGAAUUGGAUCAGUCCCUAAUAUAAAAAUGAACACAAUGAAUUGAUUCAAAAAUUGAACACUUUGGCUUCAACCAAAGACGUUUUUAUAUAUUCUGGAAUUAUUGCGUCAAACACAUUCAAGAUUUUUAAGGCUGAUGGCAAUUUCAAUAUUUGAGGGUUUAAAAAAGAAUGAUAUCAGCUGAUGUUUUUUUUAAAUAUACAAAUUACAUUCAGAGAUACUGAUGCCUUACAUGGAUGAGGAAUCAGCUUUCAAAUUAAUUUGUCUCAAAAAUCCAGGAUUAAUUAGUUUUACAGCUCCUCUGACAAAAAGAAAAUGUUCAGAGCAGGAAGAAGCGGCGUCAGUUGCAGUUUUUAUUGAAGGAUAAAUCUGAUCCAUGAUUCCUAAAAUGUUGUUAUCAACCUCUUAUGAUGAAGAAAUGUAAUUGGUGCUUGAUAUUUUACAGUCAAACCAUAAACUUUUAUGAAAACCUAUUAUUUUAAAAAUAAACACAGCUACAACUGAAUAUGUAGAACUUGAAUUAAGAAAAUAAACUUCAUUUAAAAAAGAAUCUGCCAACGUAAACUCUGAUGCCAAUAUGUCUGAGAAUUCCAGAGAUUUCUGUCGGCCAAUCGAUGGACGCUCCAGCAGAAAUGUCUGAAUUCCUUUAAAUGCAGUUGUCUGCCUCCGACCUCGGCCGUCUGACCACUCACGGCUCAUAAAUACAGGAGCAGAAUAUAAAUGUAGUUCAAGUCGUCACGGUGACAUUUGGGAAGAUCAUGUGUCAACCUGUCAGAGAGUCUUAAGAGACGCUGGAGGGACUUGUAUUAAUGUCAGAUGUCUCGUCUGACUUAUUGACCCUCGGUCAUUAAGCUUUGCCCUUGUUGUGAUAUUGAGCAGCUGCAGAGGCGUCUCGAAAAACUUGUCAAACUUUGGUCAGGUUUUUUUUUUUAUCAGUCAGGAUGAUGUCUGGAGUCGUAACACGUUUCUGCCUCAUGUUUCAUAUUCAUGUCGCCAUGUGCCCGGUCCGAUCUGCCUCCAUCCAACGCACCAAAGAGUGAGACGCUCAGUCCAUGAAACACAUCUUUGAUUCCAUUGACACAAGUAACACAUUUUGCUCAUAAACUCGUGACCCUGAAACUAAUGAAAUGUGGCUUCAGCUCCACUCGUCCUGGUUCCUCUACAUGGACAGUAACUACAGUUACGACCUCAUACAAUAUUACCAACUGGAACAUCGCUCGGCAGAUCGCAGGCCUCCGACAUCUAAAGCGGCUACAUCUGGACCUUUGUCCGGAUCCACGCCAACAUUUCAAUGGGUUCUUUUGUCUUUUUGUUCUUUUUUUUCAUGGAAAUCCAUUAGAUAGUUCUCGCGGGGUGAAAAUAUAACUUCCUUGGGUUUUUCCCCUUGAGGUUAUUAAAUGUUGCCACGAAGACGGGAUUUACACUAUUAAUCAGAACUUUCUUGCCACUAACCAAACAUUUUUGGGGCAGGUAAAGAUUGUUGUCAACACGAUGAAAUCCGAGAACAGUUAAAACGUCCGACUCAUUAAACUCACUUCAAACAUUCACUAAAACCAAAUGACCGACCUGAGCGUCCGAGCGUGAACCCGUCGUCUCUACAGCAGUGAAGUACGAACCACCUGCAGGAUUCAGGAGACGGGGACUCGUCUGACCGUCCCGGGCUCGGAGGCCGCUCCUCAGCCGACUUUGCAAUCAAACUAUAGCUUGAGGGGAAAAGGAAUAAAUAAUGUCUAAUUAAAUGUUUUGCAUGCCAUUAGUAUUCUCUCACAUUGUCUGCAGUGACCCUGGAGGCUCGCGGAGCAACAAGUGUUCACAGACACAUGAAAUUUAACUUUGAGAACAAAAAACAUUAUAUUUGUUUGUUGAAAAAUGUUAAUUAUCAUCAAGGGAAACUUUUUUCGGGUCUUAUGGAUUAACUGUUGAAUUGCUUCGUGUUAUACAACGGGGGAGUAACGUUCACAACAAUCACAGUUUGAAUGUUUUCGGAAAACAAGAAAUCCAAACUGCUUCUGUAGUUAAAGUCUGUUUGUAAAGUAAUACAGAUGCAACGGACCGAACCUACACAUGAAGAGUACAUUUACAAACGUUGAUCAAAAUUAAUAUUCUCUCAAAAAAUCAAUCAAGGUUUUUUUCUUGUAGCACUGAUGCUCUCGUUCAACACGGGUUUGAAAAUGAAUGAGCAAGUUCAUCGUACGUGCGAAUCGCAGCAGAACACUGUCCGUCUUUGGCCCUUUCAGAGCUUUGGGUACAUGAGAAGCGCUUUAUAAAUCAAAUCUAUUAUUAUUAUUAUUGUGGGCGUGGUCAUCGAGAGCCACAGGCUGAGACGACGGUGGAGAGUCUUCCAGUUCCACUAACAACGUGUGGUCCUUAGCUGAAGUUGCUCGGGGAGAAACGCAGAGCAACUCUAUAAAAUUUGUGUCCCGUGCAGUUUUUAAGUGUAGAACCUGUAAGAAAACAAAAUAAAAACUGUUCCAGCAUAAGAAAGAAA